AUGCCGGCCCCAAAUGAAAUCAUUUCGUUGAUCAAUGAGAUUAGAGACAAAGUCUCAGCAGACUUCAUUCUCGUCGGUGGCGCAGCGGGAAAUUUUCAAGGCAAUGAUCAGGUCACAAGCGAUAUCGAUCUCCUUGUCCGUGAUCCAAAAAUCCUCGAAGAACUGCAAAAGAUUGAGGGCUUUCAGCUGAAGGACAGGGCACUUAAUUAUAAGUCGACCUCUUAUCGAUCUGCUCCAAACGGUCGAUGA